CCCCAUUUGUAUGGGGUCACGAAGUUCUCAAAUACGUCGAGGGUACCCAGAAGUGAGACUACCCCACAGGGCAACGGGCUCCAAGUAGCCGAUUGGCUCAAAGAAGAAGGCUGGACCGCAAACCUUCCCUGGAGCAGGAUGAAACUGCGCAGUGCCGUUCUGAUCCUAGCAAUUGCAGCAGCGAUCAGCUUGCUCAGUGGCAAGUUCCUUACGGCUAACUUGGAGCCAUCGCUUGCUGGCAAGGCCAGCCAGGUGGCAAUUGUGACUGGAGGCAGCCGGGGCAUUGGCAAGGGCAUUGCCAUUGGAUUGGGCGAAGCUGGCGCCACAGUGUACGUUACAGGCCGGACCCUGGGCAAAGAGAGCCGCAACACGGGGGGGAUCAAUUUCACCGCCCAGAGCGGCACCUUGGAGGAGACCUGCCAGGCCGUGGGGAAGGCUGGCGGCAAGUGUAUUCCUCUUGCGGUCGACAGUGGCAACGAUGAUCAGAUCAAAGAGCUUUUCGACCAGGUCAUCCGUGAACAAGGGAGAGUAGACAUCCUCAUCAACAACGCCUUCAGUGCAGUGAGUUGGUUGCCUAGAACCAUGGGCCAGCCCUUCUGGGAGAAAGGUGUUGAGAGUUGGGAUGCCGUGAAUCACGUUGGGCUGCGUUCUCACUAUGUGGCCAGCGUCCAUGCAGCUCAGCACAUGAGCAAGGCAAAGAGUGGUCUGAUUGUGAACGUGGGCUCACUUGGAGGCCUGAGCUACAUCUUUGAUGUGAGCUACGGCAUUGGUAAGGCAGCUAUGGACCGUAUGGCAAAUGACAUGGCAGUGGAGCUGGCGACGGAGAAUGUGACUAUGGUGUCGCUGUGGCCAGGCCUUGUCAAAACUGAGAACGUGCAAGAUGGGGCACUUGCAGGAGGGAGUGAGCGGCGUGGCGUCGCUCCUGGCAGUCCGGCUUUCGAUUUCGAGCCGCUUCUGCAGAGCCCUCUGGCGGAAACUCCACUCUUCGUGGGGCGGACUGUGGCUGCGUUUGCGCGUGACCGUCGCAAGAUGGAUGUCACCGGCAAGGUGCUACUUCCUGCCAUCAUGGCUGCAGGCUAUGGCAUUGUCGAUGAGCGAGGGGUGCGCAGCCCACCAAUGAUCUCCAUGAAGUUCGGAAUAGCAUAUUUGCUGAGAUCCUUCCUGCAGAACCUCCAGCUUUGGAGGGUUCCAGAUGAGCUGUGGGUACAGCACCCGCCACCCUCGGCUUCCCUGCGAUUUUUGUGGAACACGCUCCCAGAUCUGUGCUUGCCAAGUGCAGUGGCUAAGCUGGCUGCCGACUCUCCGAACUUGUAGCUGCUGAUCAGCCUGCGCGGUGUGCCCAACGGUUGUAUUCGGCCUACAAGGCUGUUGCCUAGUGGGGUCAGUCCCCUUGCCUGCUUCCUUGAGCAAAUGUGCUCAAACCAUGAAGAUGGCACGUGAAAA